UUCUCACUAAUGUGGCACUCCAAGAUCCAGCUGCGUUUACACAUGUUUCACUGAUCAGAUUAUCUUGAGCUAUCCGUGAAACUGCUGGAAUUAUGGAUGAGGAGAAUGAAAGUGUCUGCUUUAACAGGUCAAUGGCGUUGAUGGACUGCUUCAGCAACCUGGAGGACAUCGACGUGUCAGCUGACGGGAGUCCGAUCCUGAGAUUCCUCAUCUGCCUGGUUUACUCUGUAGUGUGCGCUGCGGGACUCGUGGGCAACCUGCUGGUGCUCUUCUUCAUCAGGGUCAAAAAAGAGAGGAAGAAGUCCAAGAUGAACUUCUACGUGCUCAACUUGGCGGUGACAGACCUGCAGUUCGUGCUCACCCUGCCCUUCUGGGCUGUGGACACCGCGCUGGACUUCAGCUGGCCGUUUGGAGACGCCAUGUGCAAAAUCGUCCUGUCGGUCACAGUGAUGAACAUGUACGCCAGCGUGUUUUUCCUCACCGCCAUGAGUGUGACCCGCUACUGCUCGGUGGCCUCGGCCCUGAAGAACAGAACCGUGCACCACUCCUGCUCCACCAAGUGGGUCUGCGCGAUUAUUUGGACACUGGCGACUGCGGCAACUGCGCCCACGUCGAUUUUCUCCACUGUCAGCAACGUAACCGGAGAAAAACUCUGUCUGCUGCGGUUUCCCGGGGGUCAGUACUGGCUGGCAGUUUAUCACAUUCAGAAAAUAGUUGUAGGUUUCGUGUUGCCGAUGUCCAUCGUGUCCAUCAGCUACAUCAUGCUGCUGCGGUUCGUCCGCAACCGGAGUAUGAAAACAAGCAACCCCAAACGGAGAUCCCAAGUUACAAAAUCCAUCACUAUUGUCGUGCUGUCCUUCUUCGUGUGCUGGAUGCCGAACCACGCCAUCACUUUGUGGAGCGUGCUGGUCAAACUGAACGCUGUAAACUGGGACAAAGCGUACUACAUAGUGCACACAUACGUGUUCCCGCUGACCGUGUGUCUGGCGCACACCAACAGCUGCCUGAACCCGAUUAUUUACUGCCUCAUGAGGAAGGAGUUCAGGAGCAAACUGAAGGAUCUGAUACACAGAGGAUAGUGUGUGUUUUUGAAGUUUAUUGAUGAUCCGACAGAGCGCGUAAUGUUUGCACAAACUAUAACCAAGACGCACCGAGUGCGCACGACAAAUGAGCGACCAGGCAAGAGAGGAAACGACUCAGAGAGCAAAAUACGGACAAACAACAUCUUGUCAAGACUGUUUACUCGAUUUUACUUUUGGAAAAUGUGACUUUCAGUUGCGCUUUUUUGUCUUUAAACGCGUGCGUAAAGUGGCAAAUGUUCUUUAAAGAAACUAUAGCUAGUUCAGGGAUUUACACAAAUGAAUCGGUUAUUUUGUGAAACAUUAUGACGCUUGUGACCACUGUGGCGUUACAUGUUAAAUAACUAUUAGGAUUGAUGUGUCUCUAGUCCACAGUCUCCGUGAUUGCGUGCGUAAUUGCUCAUUACAAUGAACUGCGCGUUGGUGUGCUGGCGUUGGAGCUGAGAGCGCUGCUGUAAAUGUCUAAGCUAAAAAUGCACAAAGUGUCUGAUAAAUGUGAUUAUAAGACAAUCAUGGACCUCAUCAUCGACUGGAGUAAAGGAGGGGAAGUUAAAGGUCACGUUGCUAGGACGUGAAUGUUGACCUCAGUGUGCCAAAAUCAGGAGUUGGGGUAAAGAAAACAACAAAGUGUGUGACAUAAGAUCGCUGUAAAUACGCAAUAAAACUGUGUCUUUAAUGUGUCAUAAUAAAAACAUACUCAAGCUGU